UUGCUCUCGGUGAAGAUGUCUGGCUCGCGUAAAGAGUUCGACGUGAAGCAGAUUUUAAAAAUCAGAUGGAGGUGGUUCGGUCACCAGCAGACGACUCCUAACCCUAGUGCUGACUGCCAGCCAGGAGACUUCUGGAACACAGGGCAUGAUGCCACUACUGGUGGGAUAAAGUUUUUAGAUCCGGGGAACUUGUCCCUGCCUUUGGCGUCAAUCGGCUUCCGAAGGUCCAGCCAGCAGGGUUUCCAGAGUUCACCUUCUUGGCCAAUGGCAUCCAGUUCUGAAGUGCCUACAUGUGAGUUCGCCACGGAGGACUGUGGAGGUGCACAUUGGCUCGAUAGACCAGAAGCUGAUGAUGAAGCAAGCGAAGAGGAAAAUGUAUCCAACAGCAGUUCGUGCAGGACUUCCAAUAGCAGCCAGACUCUGUCAUCUUGUCAUACUAUGGAGCCUUGUACAUCUGAUGAAUUUUUUCAAGCACUCAAUCAUGCAGAACAAACCUUUAAAAAGAUGGAAAAUUACUUGAGACACAAGCAGUUGUGUGAUGUGGUCUUAGUUGCUGGUGACCGCCGAAUUCCAGCUCACAGGUUGGUGUUGUCUUCAGUCUCAGACUAUUUUGCAGCCAUGUUUACUAAUGAUGUAAGGGAAGCAAGGCAAGAAGAAAUCAAAAUGGAAGGCGUGGAACCAAAUGCACUAUGGGCUUUGGUGCAAUAUGCGUAUACAGGUCGCCUUGAACUAAAAGAAGACAAUAUUGAGUGCCUGUUAUCUACAGCUUGUAUUCUCCAGCUCUCUCAGGUCGUAGAAGCUUGCUGUAAAUUCUUAAUGAAACAGCUUCAUCCGUCCAAUUGCCUUGGAAUCCGCUCCUUUGCUGAUGCACAGGGUUGCACAGAUUUGCACAAAGUGGCUCACAAUUACACCAUGGAACAUUUCAUGGAGGUAAUUAGAAAUCAAGAAUUUUUGUUGUUGCCUGCCACUGAAAUUGCAAAGCUUUUGGCAAGUGACGACAUGAAUAUUCCAAAUGAAGAGACCAUUCUGAAUGCAUUGCUUACGUGGGUGCGACAUGAUUUGGAACAGAGGAAGAAGGAUCUCAGUAAACUCUUGGCCUACAUCCGGCUGCCGCUGCUUGCACCACAGUUUUUGGCAGAUAUGGAAAAUAAUACACUGUUUAGAGAUGACAUUGAAUGUCAGAAACUCAUUAUGGAAGCAAUGAAGUACCAUUUGUUGCCAGAGAGACGACCCAUGUUACAAAGCCCCCGUACAAAGCCUAGAAAGUCUACCGUUGGUGUGUUGUUUGCAGUUGGAGGAAUGGAUGCAACUAAAGGAGCAACAAGCAUUGAAAAAUAUGAUCUCCGUACCAAUAUGUGGACUCCUGUAGCAAAUAUGAAUGGGAGAAGAUUACAGUUUGGAGUAGCAGUAUUGGAUGAUAAACUGUAUGUUGUCGGUGGUAGAGAUGGACUGAAAACAUUGAAUACUGUGGAGUGUUACAACCCCAAAACAAAAACUUGGAGUGUAAUGCCACCUAUGUCUACUCACCGGCAUGGACUUGGGGUUGCUGUGUUGGAAGGUCCUGUGUAUGCCGUAGGAGGACAUGACGGCUGGAGCUACCUGAAUACAGUGGAAAGAUGGGAUCCACAGGCACGCCAGUGGAACUUUGUGGCUAGUAUGUCAACUCCAAGGAGUACAGUAGGUGUGGCAGUACUAAGUGGAAAAUUAUAUGCAGUUGGUGGUCGAGAUGGCAGCUCUUGUCUUAAAUCAGUGGAAUGCUUUGAUCCUCAUACUAACAAGUGGAUGCUUUGUGCUCAUAUGUCAAAACGAAGAGGGGGUGUUGGCGUAACCACCUGGAAUGGGUUCCUCUAUGCUAUUGGAGGCCAUGAUGCACCAGCUUCCCUGACCUCCCGACUGUCUGACUGUGUGGAAAGAUAUGACCCCAAAACAGAUAUGUGGACUGCUGUGGCUUCCAUGAGCAUUAGCAGAGAUGCUGUGGGAGUCUGUCUUCUUGGUGACAAAUUAUACGCAGUUGGAGGAUAUGAUGGGCAAACAUACCUUAACACAGUGGAAUCCUAUGACCCGCAGACAAAUGAGUGGACACAGGUUGCACCGUUGUGCCUAGGAAGAGCAGGGGCCUGUGUUGUGACUGUAAAACUCUAAUUACCAAGAUAUCCUCUUCUGUAGACUUUCCGUGGGGUUUUGUCCCAAAGUAUUAAAUUAUAAUCCAAUAAGGUACUGGGUAUCUUCAUAGGGCAAAGAGUUUGAUCUUAAUCUGUUAGCUAAAGCUUUUUUUA